UAUAUGUGAAAUGCUUUGAUACAGUAAUGUUUUACUAUGUGUAUUUAGUGAAUGUCACUUUUACAAUUUUCAAAUUUCCCACCAGCUCCGUCCCCCGUACGUCCUGACGUCGCAGGGAACAGAACACAGAAGACAGAUGCUGGCUUCGGCCGGAGGACAUUGCCGGGGACACUGCAGGAGGGACAUCGUGGGAGUGCAGGACAAGGUAAGUGAAGAAGAGAUCCCGGAGCAGCGCUGCAUGGUAUUCCUGAGUGUAACUCGGGGUUACCUCUUGUGCUACACUUGGGAAUACCGCCAGGGAGGUUAAAUUAA